AUGUUCAAAUCUAAACCCAGUGAUAAGUCAGUCUCAGACUGCGGGUCUCCCGAUGAGAUGCCUGCUUUCAAGAGGCACGACAAGGUGCUGCAGCAAAUUUUUUUAACCGACUUGACCGAGAAAGACAAAAACAACCUUGUCUGUAAGGAGCUAGACAAAUACAUUAAGAAUGGAAUUGAGAUUAAAACUUGGACUCCAUCUCUUGAACUACUCAGCUCUAUCUCCAAGCAAGGCCCAUAUCGUGACAGCCAGGCAAAUAUCUAUGCUCUUGCGAUGCUUGCUCUGAAAUCUGGCUUGGAAUUUGGAUCCGCUGGCACAUCCUUCCUCGUGGCUGAUGAUCUCACCAAACGUAUUCUCCAGCGAACUCUCAUACCUAUUGAAAGCAAGAAAGAUAUUGUGGUCAUGGUCACUGUUCGCACAGAACCUCGCAAGACAACCAUGAGGUCGAUUGACGACGAUUUCUACGUGAAUCAUGAUUCAGAAUCAGAAUUUCGACUUGGCAAGGUGUCAUACAAGCCACGCCCAGAGCCUGACACGAACAAAGAUGGCAUUCGGGUGGUUGUCACUCGCUUCCAACGCCAGACCUUCCAACAGUUAGCAAUGCAAUGGAAGGGAGAGGAUCAGAGAGCGGAUCACUCGGUUGGUAAUACCGGGUAUGCAGCAGAUGCUGAAUAUGAGAACUCCCACUUUGGCAGGCUGCCGGCUCUCCUGAACAAAUAUCAAGCUGGCAACAGUCACCAUUAUUUUCAAGAAUAUGAAGGGAGUGGAUUUGAUGAGUACGACUGCGUCAAUAACUUGCGUGCUAGUAUGGUACUCCGUGAUCCGAAUGCAGCUCCCUUUACGACUCAACACAUUGUGUCAGAUUUGCGAGAUUGCCCGCGGGAGAGAUCUAUAAAAAAUAUUGUCAGUCGUGGCAUGACGACUCCCACCUGA